AUGAGUUCGUCGAGGACUGGCUCCUCGCGAACCAGUUCGGAUGGAUCUGAGGUUGAACUCCUGAACGAAAAGCACGACUUCGACCACGAUGCGCAGAACCCCAACGCGAGCCCUUGGAUGGGCAUCGGUCCUUCUCGUCAAAUCCCUAAAGUCACCUUGUGCUUGUCGGUCAAAUUCCUUGCCAAACUCGCUGGUCAACUCUUCAACCUCUUGAUCCCGAGUUUUCUCCAGCGCCGCAUCCAUAAUGAUCAGGCGAAACCAGACAAAGUUGCUCCAACGGCGUUUCUCGAUGGCAUGCGCGGACUUGCUGCCUUUGUCGUCUUCAUCUGUCACCUCACAUAUGGCACCUUUGACAUCGCUCACGCAUGGGGCGCCGUUACGGACCCCGAACACCAGCCAAUGUCUGUCUUCCGGGAAUAUCUGCGCUUACCUAUUGUCCGCCUUCUCUAUUCUGGCCCUCCCAUGGUGGCCAUCUUUUUCGUCAUUUCGGGCUACGCGCUCAGCUACAAGCCCUUGAAACAGAUGCGGUCUCAGCAGCAAGAUCAGUUGAUGACGACCAUGACAUCGUCCAUCUUUCGACGCGGGUUGCGGUUGUUUCUUCCCUGCUUCGCGUCGACAUUCCUCGUCAUCUGUCUCGCCCAGCUCAAUCUGUACAAACUCACCGAAGGGUUUUCGAACCAAAUGCGCAUGAUCCGGGAGAGCCACUGCUAUACUCAGCCUACCCCGUGGCUGCAGUUCACCGAUUACUUGGUGCAGCUCCUCAUCUUUGUGGAUGUCUUCAACUGGAACAUAUUCGCUGGGUCGAUCGAGCUUGACCGGCAUCUCUGGACCAUUCCUGUGGAGUUCCGAUGCAGCAUGGCCUUAUUUCUGACACAAAUGAUGGUGGCUAGGAUGUCCUCGCGACUGAGGCUGUCGACGCUUGCCGCGCUGCUUGCGUGGGGCACCUCUUGGGACCGAUGGGAUAUGUGUCCAUUUUGGGCGGGAAUGGUGAUUGCCGAGCUGGAUAUCAUUUGGUCGGUUCCCAAGGUGUCUGAGCUGCCGUCAGUCACAAACAGCCCACCGCCUGCGAAAAUGAGAUUAUCAUCCAAGAUUCUAUAUUGGUCGACCUUCUGUGUUUCGCUUUUCCUGCUCUCCUUUCCGGACAUCGACGCUCACGUCACCCCAGGGUACCUCACCCUGACCAACCUCAUCCCCGUCAACUUUACGCAAAAGCAUCGAUUCUGGCCAAACAUCGGCGCAGUCAUGAUUGUCUGGUCGUCAUCCCGCCUGGGGUUUUGGCGUAACAAGGCUUUUUGCUGGAGUCCGAUUCAGUAUCUCGGAAAGAUCAGCUUUCCCCUCUAUCUCAUGCACGGUCCUGUCAUCCACACGCUGGGCUACAUGAUUCUCCCUCGAACCCCGGAAGUCGAAACCCCGGAAAUAAUAAGACAGUUCGAAUUCGAGUUCCUCAAGUCUUCGAUCGUCAUUGUCUUGGCCGUCAUUUGGGCUGCGGACGUCUUCCUCCGAGCCGUCGACACGCCCUGCGUCAACUUUGCCAGGAAACUGGAGAAAGUCUUCUUUACAGGCUGA